GGUUAAAGCGCCAUGUAACUGGAGCGCGGGGCUGUCGGGGGCCGGCCGGGGCGCGGGCAGCGGCGAGCGGCGGCGCGGCCCCGCUGGACGGCGCGUCCCGCCGCGGCGCAGGAAAAGAGGUUCCCGGCGGCGCCUCGAGCGCGAAGCCUCCCCGGGACCGAUCCGGAGGGACGGGGUGGCCGGAGCAGGAGGAGAAUGAAGCGGUGACGACUCCGGACAGAAGACUGGCCACCUCUGAGCGGGCCGGGCCUCACCUGUGCGCCAGAGCUCCCAGAGCCGCCGGAGCCCCCCGCCCUGCCCGCAGCACCGCCCGCCGGCAGCCCCUGCCCCACGCCGCGGGGCUCGGCCCGGCGGGAUCCCAGCGGGAUGAACAUGGUAAAGAGCCCGGAGCCGCUGGAGCAGCGGUUGGCGGGGAUGGUGGCUGUCCGGGAGACGUCUCCAGCCUGGUCUGCGCUGGGAGAGGAGGGGCCGGCGACCAUGAAAAAGGACAAGAGCCACGGGCAGGAUGAGGCAGACUGUAGGGCAAAGCUGAUCCUCCUCAAUGGGGACAAUGCACCUGGCGUAGUCCUGGAGGCGAACGGGAAGCCCAGCACUCCAGAUUCCAGGGGCCUGGGGCUGCUGCCCCUGAAGAAGGAGAAGGACAGCAAUGGAGACCUCUCCAAGGAGGAUCUGGCCUGGCCACUCGAUCUGCCAGUGCAGAGGGCAGGGCGGACGCGGCAGGAGAUGCAGCUCAAGGACCCAGCACGCAGUGUGGAGCCUCUCAGGGACCUGCCAACUCCUGUGCGGAGCUCCAGGCGUCGCUCUGCCGUGCCCACACCCGUGCCCACACCCGUGACCAUCGACCUGACAGAGGAGGACUCGCAGGACUCAUCCCAGAGCAGCAGCACACUCUCGGGUAGCAGCUCCCAGGAGGGGCAGAACGGCUCUGCUGACCUGGGGGCCGAGGAGGCAGAGAGCAGGGACAUGGGCAUGGCGCUGGAAUACCAGGAUGGGAAGGAAUUUGGAAUUGGGGAGCUUGUCUGGGGAAAGAUCAAAGGUUUUUCCUGGUGGCCUGCGAUCGUCGUCUCCCACAGAGCCACGGCCAAGCGCCAGGCCGUCUCGGGCAUGCGGUGGGUGCAGUGGUUUGGAGACGGGAAGUUCUCCGAGGUUUCUGCAGACAAGCUGGUGGGACUGAUGGCCUUUAGGCAACACUUCAAUUCCUCAACAUUCAACAAGCUGGUGUCCUACCGCCGUGCCAUUUACCACGCUCUGGAGGUGGCCCGGAGCCGGUCGGGGAAGACGUUUACAACUGGCCCCAGGGAGUCACUGGAGGAGCAGCUGAAGCCCAUGAUCGACUGGGCAAUCACUGGCUUCAAACCCCUGGGGCUCAAGGGACUGCGGCCACCCAAAGGCUCAGAGAACGGGGUGCUGAGGAAUGGGACAGAGGAGGUGGUGUCCCUUGAACAGUGUCCCCCCACCAAGAGGCUGAAGACCUACCCCUGCAACAGCAGCAAGGAGCAGCGUGUGGAAGAGGACCAGACCCGAGAGCAAAUGGUUUCUGAAGUUACGAACAACAGCGGGAAGCUGGAAGAGAGCUGUUUGUCCUGCGGGAGGAGGAACCCGGCCACCUUCCACCCACUGUUCAAGGGGGGCCUCUGCCAGACAUGCAGGGAUAGAUUCCUGGAGUACUUCUACAUGUAUGAUGAAGAUGGGUACCAAUCCUACUGCACCGUGUGCUGCGCAGGCAAGGAGCUGCUGCUCUGCAGCAAUGCCAGCUGCUGCAGGUGCUUCUGUGUGGAGUGUCUGGACGUGCUGGUGGGGCGAGGGACGUCGGCCAAAGUGAAAGAGCAGGAGCCCUGGAACUGCUACAUGUGCCAGCCCCAGCAGAGCCGCGGCGUGCUGCAGCGCCGGCAGGACUGGAACACUCGCCUGCAGGACUUCUUCACCAGUGACAAGGGACAGGAAUAUGCUGCACCCAAAAUCUACCCAACAGUUCCUCCAGCGAAGAGGAGACCAAUUCGAGUGCUCUCGUUGUUUGAUGGGGUGACAACAGGGUACACGGUGCUGAAGGACUUGGGCAUCCAGGUGGAGAAGUACAUUGCCUCAGAGAUCUGUGAGAACCCCAUCGCCGCGGGCAAAGUGCGGCCCGAGGGCAACAUCACCUACGUGCACGAUGUCAGGAACAUAACCAAGAGAAAUAUUGAGGAGUGGGGUCCUUUUGACCUGGUGAUCGGUGGAAGCCCCUGUGAUGAUGUCUCCCUUGUCAAUCCAACCAGGAAGGCGCUGUUUGAAGGAACCGGGAGGCUGUUCUUCGAGUUCUACCACCUGCUCAACUACGCUCGUCCCAAGGCAGGCGAGGAGCGGCCCUUCUUCUGGAUGUUUGAGAACGUGGUGGCCAUGAGGAUCAACGACAAGAGGGACAUUUCCCGGUUUCUGGAGUGUAACCCAGUUAUGAUUGAUGCAAUCAAGAUAUCAGCUGCCCACCGAGCUCGUUACUUCUGGGGCAACCUCCCCGGGAUGGACAGGAUCUUUGGCUUCCCCCUCCCCUACACGGAUGUCUCCAACAUCAGCCGCGGGACUCGUCAGAAGCUGCUGGGGGGAUCGUGGAGCGUCCCUGUCAUCCGGCACCUCUUCUCCCCACUCAAGGAUUACUUUGCCUGUGAAUAGCAAACGGAGCGUCCCUCGUCUCUCUGGUAACGAGGCACAGCACCGCUGCUGUGGCGGGAGAGGGACGGGCACGGCCACCGGGCUGCCAGGACCCCAUCCCUCCCCGGGGACGGCAGCCUGGCCCCGCGGGAGAGCCGAGGAAUGUCUGUAACCAAAGAACCUGGCAGGGCAACUUCUUUAAAGGGACUAACAGUGAUACGUAGUAUGAAAUGAUGGACGAAGCUUUAAUUACCCAGCACACGAAGCUCUAUGCAUCACUGAUGAGAUGGGAGUCUCAUCCUCCAGAGCAUUAACUAUUCCUGUUUAGCCUGGAGCUGGGAAGUCACCACUUGCUGAGCAGCCAGUGUGCGGGCAGCUGCUGGGGAGCUGCAGGCAAACCUGAACUACAGUGAAUUGGUGCUUUUCCUAAACAAACAAAACCUCUGGAAGUAACUGCCAAAAAACCCCAAACCGUAGCAGCAGGUGUAAGGGACCCUGCUCAGGUUACACACUGAACACAGGAUCAAGAAACCAAAUCUUUUUUGUUUUUGUUUUUUUUUUUUUGAUAAAAUUUAAUUUUGUUCUUUUAAUGUCUGUUGCUGCUUUAAGGCAUUACAUAAGAAUGUGGAGAUUCCUAGACCUGAAUGUAGCUGAAACUGAACUGUGAGGUGAUAGAAUUACUUUUCUAGCUAGAACUAAAGAAAUAUUGUUUUAUAUGUUUGGUUGUAGUUUACAAAUAUUCACUACUUCCUUUUUAAAGCAUCUAAAACCUCUCCUUACAUUUUAAAAUCCUGCUGAAUGGUUUGAAAGCUUACACAGUAACUGGAGCAGGGAGGAUUUGGGCUCCAGGGUCUGUAAAGAAAAAUAUUCUUGGAGCAUCCAUUUCCCAAAUGAAUGUGGUAUGUCAGCAGGAAGGACAGUGUAAUGGUCAAUGGCACCCUCAAAUCUCAGCACCCCCAUCAUGUAGGAUGUCAUGAACCCAAGCAGUGGUGGCAGGGCAUUCCUUCCAGGGAAAAUCCCACCCAACCCUUGUGGAGUGCAGGGACCAGGAGUGCAGCACUGCUCUUGCCUGUGCCCAUCUCAUGGUGUGCACAGGGAACGGGACAGUGAGGCAGGAAAGCACUGCCACUGCUGGGGGCUCCGGGGCUGUACCUCUCCUCCCUGUGCAUCCCUGUGCACACAGGUGGGAUUGUGUGCCCAGCCCCAGCCUGGCAGCGCCCUGGGGGCUCUUGGGGCUGUACCCCCAAACUGGGAGCUCCUGUGGCCACCACUGUGCUCACUUUUGAUUGCCUUCCUCUACUCCCCAGCUUUGCCAGAGUGAUUGUCCUGCUUUCCAUGAAGUCCUGGGCACGCUGAACCUGUGGCCAGCCGGAAGGUGCCGGUGCCUGUGGCCAUUUCUGCCAGGUUUUCUGUAGCCACCAGGCUACUGUUCCAGCAGGCAUCUCUGGGGAUUCUGAAUUCCAAUGCACAUUUCAAUGCACUGAAACGACCCCCACCUUGGUCCCUCUGUCCUCCCGUACCUUUGCUGUUUUCCUGUCACCUGGCUCUGGAUGAGCCCUUGGGUGCCUUCUCAAAAUCAUUCGGGUUCAAACCGUGGGCCAGCCCUCCACCCAAUCAAUGCCAGGCUGCCUUGCUCUCUUGCAGGGUGCUGUACAGCAUCACUGGGGAGAACUUCUCUCCCAGCUCCUUCUACCUCUCCGGCACCCCUGUCCUUGUGGUGGAGGACAGCAGCCUCCCAUUUUCCACCCUUGUGUGCAGUUUUCCAUCCCAGAUCCGAAAACCAUCUUCUCUUGGUCUCCAAUCCAAGGCUGUGCUUGGGAAGCAAGGGAACAGCAAGGGAAACCCAGGUUGUUUAAAGGCUUUUUCCCCCUGUUUUAAGUUGGAGGUUACUCUUAAGAGAGAACUCCUUGGGGGUUCAUUCUCUGUGACUUGUUCAAGCCACAUGCCUUAGUUAAGAAAACUGAGGGAAGCCAAGCAGGCUGGUCCAAGUCACUGCUGGCAGCUCCAGUGCUUGACAAGAGCUUGGGGACACGUAGCACCCUCUUGCCACCAGCCCCUGGGCUGGGAAGAUGGCAGGGUGGGUUCUGUGCAUGCUGGAGGUGUUUGGGAAGCCUUGGCAUUGCCAGCGCUGCACCAGCUGCUUUUGGACUCUGCCAAUCUGUGAUCCUUACGUCCAGCUGGACCCCAGCCACAACACUAAUUCCUCAUCCCAGGUCCCUGCAGUCCCCGUUGGGAGCCCAGCGUGGGGCCUAGGGACAAACAACCAUGCAGUGCAGGGCUCAGGGUGACAGCCACCCUCUGCUCUGAUGGGCGUGAUUUUUCCAGACUGGGUCAACACGUGCCCUCCACUCCAUGGCAUCCCUGAUCCUACAUACUCCAGAUCUCACAUCCUUUCCUAUCUGAUCAAAAGGAAAACAAAUAAGAUGAGGGAAAAAAAGGACUUGGGGAGAGUAAACAAAGAUAAAAGAGGAAUGAGAAUUGUCUUGGCAUUAAGCUCUCUUGAUGAGAAUUGUAGUAGACAUGUCUUCCUUGAAAUGUUUUUCCCUGUAAGAGCUGCCUUUUAUUUUGAGUUUAUAAAAUGUUAAGGGAGGGGGAUCUCAGAAAUUCCUUUUUAAUACUUUUUAAAGGUUUUUAACUCUCCCUGGUGCUAUUUUUUUAGGGUAAGAAUUUCUAACGUUGAACAUGCUGCGGGUUUUUAUACAAUCUUUUAAAAAUGAGAGAAAUGUAUCAUUUUUAACACAUUUCACAGUUUUUGUAUCCUGGAGUGUGGAAACUCACAACUCUGCCUUGUCCACAUGAUUUCACUGGUUUCCAUGUGGGAAAAAAAAUGUCGACAGU